UUUAUUUUAAUAAAGUCCUACCGAAUAUUACCCGGAAGUAAAAUGAUUGACGCAACGCAAUCCCUGACGUAACGUCGCAUUAUUAAUCGGGAAGAAUGUCGGAAGAUGAAGAUGAUUACAUGUCUGAUGCUUUUCUUAACCCGUUAGUGGACGUUCGGCCUGGCAUGCCAAUGGUGAAACGUUUAAAGGAGACUCUAAGGCGAGAGACUUUGCACAAAGAGAAAAAUAUUCUUAACCAGCAGAAAAGCUACAAGGAACAAGAGCAGAACAGACGAGAUGCUGCUCUGCAGAGCUCUCUAAGCAGUGAGAAUAAAGGGUUUGCAUUGCUGCAGAAAAUGGGCUACACUGUGGGACAAGGUCUGGGAAAAGAAGGUACUGGACGAGUUGAACCACUUCCCCUUAACAUAAAAACCGAUCGAGGGGGCAUUGGAAUGGAACAACUAAAGAAAAGGAAGGCAGAAGAGAACUUCAAAAAUUACAGAAAAAGAUUGCAGGUGAAACAGUGUAUGGAGAAGAAGUCGCUUGAGGAUUUCAGAGAGCGCAAAAGAACUGAAAGAGAAAAGCAUGAAACGGAAGGAGACCUGAGGAAGAGUCAGUGGGCCUGUGAACAGCUGGACAGACAAAAGGGAAUAAUUGUACCAAGGGACAGUUGGUACUGGCCUGAAGAGGUUAAGAAUCAAGAGGCUGAGCAUGAUGAGUCCAACACUGAAGGAAGUAAAGACAAUAAAGAAUUGACGUCAUUACUGAAGCUGCAGUUCAUCACAUCAUACCUGAGGAGUGUGCAUUUCUACUGCAUAUGGUGUGGGACAGCAUAUAGAGAUGAAGAGGAUAUAAACACCAGCUGUCCUGGUGGUACAGCAUCAGACCACAAUGAGUAAAGCAAGAACCAUUAUAUGGAAGAAUGCCUAGGUUUUUCUUCUUUUUUCCUAUUAUUUUGCAUACAGAUCUUUACUUGCCCUUUUGAAUAUUACAUAUUGUUUUUGGUUUGAGUAAAGAUAUUUUGAUUGACCUUCUGAAGUUAUUUUAGGCUUGUAAUUUUAUGAACACCUGUAAUGUAAUUGUGUUGGGUCAUUUUACCUAAUUAAAUUGUCUACUUAAUUUAA